GCGCAGCGCCCCCGACCCGCCCGGGCGCGCCCUCUAGCAGCUGCCGCGAGGCGCUUCGGCUGGAGCAGGAGGGGGGCUUCGGUUGCCCCUCCUCCCGGCGGCUCGGCCCUUUUGCAACCCCCCCCCCCACCGGGGACUUGGGACAGCUGCCAAGAUCCUUCUCUACGUACUGCCUGGUUUACCGGUUCAUGAUCCUGAUAGAGUGCAGUUAAAGUUCAGCUCUCCAGAGCCGCAGAUGGCACAACAGGAAGGUUGAGCCGGGAGACUUCGGAGAACAUGGACUUGUCUUCUGAAUGGUGCUGCUGGCUCUCCUGUCUGUUCUAAUCCUUAUAUGGUUGGUUUGGGCCAAGAUGGAGGAUUCUUCUGCUGUUAACCCAAGAAAACCGGAGGCUGAGCAUCCCACCCUGGGCCAACCGCUUCCCUCGGACACUCCCACAAACAGAUCCUCGAUUCCCAAUUCCCAGGUGCCAUCUGCAGAGCCCGAGCAGCCCCCCAUAGCACCCUUGCAGCUGCCUUCUCUAAGCGUCCAGACUGCCCCUAAACAGCCAGACCACCCCGUCUGCCAGUGCAAGCCUCCACUUCCCCGCUCCGACUCGGAUUCCGCGUUGCCACCCCAGGGGUUCCCAGCUGCCGAUGCCGCGAGGCCUCCAAGCCGGGUCAGUUGCCCUUCCUCCAGCCAAGCACUCCGGCAGUGGCGGUCUCUUUCUGGGGAGGAGCAGGAGCAGUCGGGGGAGACCAGCCAGCCUCACAGGAAACGCCAGUCCAUGGCCAGGUUUGUGCUGGGCUCCUUCGAAGACAACUCCUCGGAUGACGAGCUGGGGCCCGGAUCCUUUAAAACAGCCAGCAGGAGGCGGGGCAGCUUGGGCAGCAUCAGUUCCUCCUCCUCUGUGGAUUUGUUGUCGCUGUCCUCCCUGUCGGAGGCAGGAGCAGCUGUCCUCAUGAGGCCCAGCAUGUCGGGAAUGCACCUUGUCAAGAAGGGCCGCGAGCAGAAGAAGAUGGAUCUUCACAGGGACUUUACGGUGGCUUCGCCUGCUGAAUUUGUGACUCGCUUUGGAGGGAACCGGGUUAUUGAAAAGGUGCUGAUAGCAAACAAUGGCAUCGCUGCUGUGAAAUGCAUGCGCUCCAUCCGCAGGUGGGCUUAUGAAAUGUUCCGGAAUGAGCGAGCCAUUAGGUUUGUGGUCAUGGUUACCCCCGAAGACCUUAAAGCGAAUGCUGAGUACAUCAAAAUGGCUGACCAGUAUGUACCUGUUCCUGGUGGACCCAACAAUAACAAUUAUGCCAAUGUAGAGUUGAUUGUAGAUAUUUCAAAAAGAAUUCCAGUGCAGGCUGUCUGGGCUGGCUGGGGGCAUUCUUCUGAAAACCCCAAACUGCCGGAAUUGCUGCACAAACAUGGGGUAGCUUUCCUAGGCCCACCGAGUGAGGCCAUGUGGGCCCUCGGAGACAAGGUGGCUUCGACCAUUGUGGCCCAGACGGUCCACAUCCCUACGUUGCCGUGGAGCGGGAGCGAUUUGGUGGCUGACUGGACUGAGGAGAAUGAGCAGCGAAGAACCAUCACUGUUCCCCUGGAGACGUACAGGCGCGGCUGCGUGAAGGAUGUGGACGAAGGUUUGGAGGCUUCUGAGAGAAUUGGCUACCCUGUGAUGAUCAAGGCCUCUGAAGGCGGCGGCGGCAAAGGGAUUCGGAUCGCAGAUGGGGCAGAGGAGUUUCCUGGUCGCUUCAGACAAGUGCAGAGCGAGGCUCCGGGGUCUCCAAUCUUUGUGAUGAAGUUCUUGCAACAUGCCCGCCACCUUGAGGUCCAAGUCUUAGCCGAUCAAUAUGGUAACGCUGUGUCAUUGUUCAGUCGAGAUUGCUCCAUCCAGCGAAGGCACCAAAAAAUCAUCGAAGAAGCUCCUGCAACUGUAGCCCCUCCUUCUGUGUUUGAUUACAUGGAGCAGUGUGCUGUGCGUCUUGCAAAAAUGGUGGGCUACGUAAGUGCAGGGACAGUUGAAUACCUGUACAGUGAAGACGGAAACUUCCACUUUCUGGAGCUGAACCCCCGCUUGCAGGUGGAACACCCCUGUACAGAAAUGAUUGCUGAUGUUAACUUGCCUGCUGCUCAACUCCAGAUUGCCAUGGGGGUGCCUUUGCACAGAAUGAAGGAUAUCCGUGUCCUUUAUGGGGAGUCCCCCUGGGCAGACACCCCCAUCCCCUUCGAGAGCCCAACCAAUGUUCCGGUACCCAGAGGUCACGUGAUCGCCGCAAGAAUCACCAGUGAGAAUCCUGAUGAGGGUUUCAAGCCCAGCUCUGGCACGGUGCAGGAGCUGAAUUUCCGCAGCAACAAGAACGUCUGGGGAUAUUUCAGCGUGGCGGCCACCGGCGGUUUGCACGAAUUUGCAGAUUCUCAGUUCGGACAUUGUUUCUCCUGGGGAGAGAACCGCGAAGAGGCCAUCUCAAACCUGGUGGUAGCUCUGAAAGAACUAUCCAUCCGAGGGGACUUCAGAACGACCGUUGAGUACCUCAUCAAACUUCUGGAGACGGAGAGUUUCCAAAAUAAUGAGAUCGAUACCAGCUGGCUGGAUCAGUUGAUUGCAGAGAAAGUGCAGGCCGAAAAGCCGGAUACCAUGUUGGGUGUGGUCUGUGGGGCUCUCAACGUAGCUGAUGCCUUUUUCAGGACGUGCAUGGAUGACUUCCUGCAUUCUCUGGAAAGGGGUCAGGUUCUGCCAGCCGCUUCCCUUCUAAACACAGUCGAUGUGGAACUUAUUUAUGAAGGCAUGAAAUACACUUUGAAGGUUGCCCGGCAGUCGCUGACUACCUAUGUGAUUAUUAUGAAUAAUACCCACAUUGAGAUUGAUGUGCACAGGUUGAAUGACGGGGGACUUCUGCUCUCCUACGAUGGCAAUAGUUACACCACAUAUAUGAAAGAAGAAGCUGACCGGUACCGCGUCACGGUGGGCAAUAAAACCUGCGACUUUGAAAAGGAGAAUGAUCCAACCUUACUUCGGUCUCCUUCCACUGGAAAGCUGCUACAGUACACCGUAGAAGAUGGAGGCCAUGUCUGUGCAGGUCACAGCUAUGCAGAAAUCGAGGUCAUGAAGAUGGUGAUGGUCUUGGAAGUGGAGGAGGCGGGCAUCCUACACUACAUGAAGCGCCCGGGCACACUGCUGGAGGCCGGCUGCGUCGUCGCCAGGCUUGAACUGGAUGACCCCAGCAAAGUCCACCUGGCCCAGCUGUACACAGGUGAACUCCCUCCACAGCAGACCCUGCCCAUCCUUGGUGAAAAACUGCACCAGGUUUUCCACAACGUGCUGGAGAGCUUAAUGAACGUCAUGAACGGAUACUGUUUGCCCGAGCCGUAUUUCAGCACCAAGAUCAAAGAAUGGGUCGGCAAACUGAUGAAAACCCUGCGGGACCCCUCCCUCCCUCUGCUGGAGCUGCAGGAGAUCAUGACGAGCAUUUCAGGCCGAAUCCCGCCAACGGUGGAGAAGUCGAUCCGGAAGGUGAUGGCCCAGUACGCCAGCAACAUCACCUCUGUGCUGUGCCAGUUCCCCAGCCAGCAGAUUGCCAGCAUCUUAGACAGCCACGCCGCCACCCUGCAGCGGAAAUCUGAGCGCGAAGUCUUCUUCAUGAACACUCAGAGCAUUGUCCAGCUGGUUCAGAGGUACCGCAGCGGCAUCCGAGGCCACAUGAAAUCCGUGGUGUUAGACUUGUUGAGGCGAUACCUGCAGGUGGAGACUCAGUUCCAGCAAGCUCACUACGACAAAUGUGUGAUCAGCCUGCGUGAGCAAUACAUGCCCAACAUGACCCCUGUCCUCGAAUGCAUCUUCUCCCACGCCCAGGUGGCAAAGAAGAACCUCUUGGUGACCAUGUUGAUUGAUCACCUUUGUGGCAGAGACCCCACCUUGACGGAUGAGCUGAUGGCUAUUCUUAAUGAACUCACGCAGCUGAGCAAAACCGAGCACUCCAAAGUGGCCCUGAGGGCCAGGCAGGUGCUGAUAGCCUCCCACCUCCCUUCUUACGAACUGAGGCACAAUCAAGUGGAGUCCAUUUUCCUCUCAGCUAUUGACAUGUACGGACACCAGUUCUGCCCUGAAAACCUAAAGAAAUUGAUCCUUUCAGAAACCACCAUCUUUGACGUCCUGCCCACUUUCUUCUACCACUCCAACCAGGUGGUCCGCAUGGCAGCUCUGGAGGUGUACGUGAGGAGGGCCUACAUCGCCUACGAACUGAACAGCCUGCAGCAUCGCCAGCUCACGGACAGCACCUGCGUGGUGGAGUUCCAGUUCAUGCUGCCUUCCUCCCACCCAAACAGAGGCAGCAGCCCCGCCCUGAGCAGAAUGUCAGUGCCAGUCAGCAUCUCGAACCCAGACCUAGCCCGGCACAGCACGGAACUCUUCAUGGACAGUGGCUUUUCUCCUCUCUGCCAACGGAUGGGCGCCAUGGUUGCUUUCGACAGAUUUGAAGACUUCACCAGAAACUUUGAUGAAGUGAUUUCCUGCUUUGCUGAGCCCCCCUCGGAGAGCCCCUUGUUCAGCGAAGUGAGGGCCACGCUCUACAAUGAAGACGACCCCAAGAACAUCCGAGAGGAACCCAUCCACAUCCUGAACGUGGCUAUUCGGUGGGCCGAUCGAUUUGAAGACGAGGAGCUGGUGCCCAUCUUCAGAGCCUUUGCCCAGUCCAAGAACAACAUCCUUGUUGACUACGGGCUCAGAAGAAUUACAUUUCUGAUAACCCAGCAGAGGGAAUUUCCAAAGUUUUUCACUUUCCGUGCCAGAGAUGAGUUCGCCGAAGACCGCAUCUAUCGCCACUUGGAACCGGCUCUGGCGUUCCAGCUGGAGCUGAGCCGGAUGCGCAACUUCGAUCUUACCGCAGUGCCUUGUGCCAACCACAAAAUGCACCUCUAUCUUGGCGCUGCCAAGGUGCAGGAAGGCAAAGAGGUUACAGACUACAGAUUCUUCGUUCGUGCCAUAGUCAGACACUCGGACCUGAUUACAAAGGAAGCCUCCUUCGAAUACCUGCAGAACGAAGGGGAGCGGCUCCUGCUGGAAGCCAUGGACGAGCUGGAGGUGGCCUUCAACAACACCAGCGUCCGCACCGACUGCAACCACAUCUUCCUCAACUUUGUGCCCACCGUGGUCAUGGAUCCCUCCAAGAUUGAGGAAUCGGUGCGCUCUAUGGUGAUGCGCUACGGGCGGCGCUUGUGGAAACUCCGGGUCCUGCAAGCCGAAGUGAAGAUCAACAUUCGCUUGAUGCCAACCACCCAGGUCAUCCCCAUCCGCCUCUUUCUCACCGAUGAGUCGGGGUACUACCUGGAUAUCAGUCUUUACAAGGAAGUCAACGACCCCAGGACAGGGAACAUUAUGUUCCAGUCCUACGGAGACAAGCAAGGCCCUCUGCAUGGGAUGCUGAUUAACACGCCGUAUGUCACCAAGGACCUACUGCAAGCCAAGCGCUUCCAAGCGCAGUCACUCGGCACCACCUACGUCUAUGACUUCUUGGAGAUGUUCCGGCAGGCUCUUUUCAAGAUGUGGGAUUCCACAGAAGCAUGUCCUAAAGAUGUCCUUACUUACACCGAAUUAGUGCUGGAUUCCCAGGGGCAGGUGGUGGAGAUGAACAGACUGCCUGGAGGAAAUGAGAUUGGAAUGGUUGCCUUCCGGAUGAAACUGAAAACCCCCGAGUAUCCCGGAGGCCGAGAGAUCGUGGUCAUCUGCAACGACAUCACGUACCAGAUCGGAUCGUUUGGGCCCGAGGAAGACCUCCUCUUCUUGCGCGCCUCGGAACUGGCCCGUGCCAAAGGCAUCCCACGGAUAUACGUGGCAGCUAACAGCGGGGCCCGCAUCGGCUUUGCUGACGAGAUCAAGCAGAUGUUCCAAGUGGGCUGGGUGGACCCUGCAGAUCCAUACAAGGGUUUCAAAUACCUGUACCUGACCCCGCAGGACUACACAAGGAUCAGCUCGAUGAACGCCGUGCAUUGCAAGCAUGUGGAAGAAGCAGGCGAGUCAAGGUAUGUCAUAACCGAUAUUAUUGGUAAAGAAGAAGGCUUUGGUGUGGAGAACCUUCGAGCAUCGGGUACCAUUGCUGGGGAGUCUUCUCUCGCCUAUGAUGAAAUUGUCACCAUUAGCAUGGUGACCUGCCGUGCCAUCGGCAUUGGGGCUUAUUUGGUGAGGCUGGGCCAGCGGGUCAUCCAGGUGGACAAUUCCCACAUCAUUCUGACGGGAGCUGGUGCUUUAAACAAGGUCCUGGGGCGUGAAGUGUACGCCUCAAACAACCAGCUCGGAGGAGUGCAGAUCAUGGCCAACAACGGUGUUUCCCAUGUGACUGUCCCGGAUGACUUUGAAGGUGUCUACACCAUCUUGCAGUGGUUGUCGUAUAUGCCGAAGGAUAACCGUAGCCCAGUGCCUAUCACCGCCACGAGUGACCCCAUUGAAAGGGAGAUUGAGUUUGUUCCUUCCAAAGCCCCCUACGAUCCUCGCUGGAUGCUGGCAGGGAGACCUCACCCCGCUGUGAAAGGAUCCUGGCAAAGUGGUUUCUUUGACCAUGGCACUUUUGCUGAGAUCAUGCAGCCCUGGGCACAGACGGUGGUGGUUGGCAGAGCCAGGCUGGGAGGGAUCCCUGUGGGAGUGAUCGCUGUGGAGACCCGGACUGUAGAGUUGACGGUGCCGGCGGAUCCAGCAAAUCCAGAAUCGGAAGCAAAGAUAAUCCCGCAGGCCGGGCAGGUCUGGUUUCCAGAUUCGGCCUAUAAAACUGCUCAGGCUAUAAGAGACUUUGACCGAGAAUGCCUCCCCCUGCUGAUUUUUGCCAACUGGAGGGGAUUCUCUGGGGGAAUGAAAGACAUGUACGAUCAAGUCCUGAAGUUUGGCGCUUACAUUGUGGACAGUCUCCGGCAGUUCAAGCAGCCGGCUCUCGUAUACAUCCCACCACAUGCUGAGUUGAGGGGUGGGUCCUGGGUGGUGAUCGACCCAACGAUCAAUCCGCUCUACGUGGAACUAUAUGCGGACAAGGAGAGCAGAGGAGGCAUCUUAGAAGCUGAAGGAACAGUGGAGAUCAAAUUCAGGAGGAAAGACCUGCUGAAGACCAUCAGGCGAAUUGAUGUCACUUACGCUAGAAUCGCUCAACAGCUGGAUUCCCAGAAGCUCUCUAGAGAGGAGCGCAAGGAGCUGGAAAGGCAGCUGAAGACCCGGGAGGACCACCUCCUCCCAAUCUUCCACCAGGUGGCAGUGCAGUUUGCUGACCUCCACGACACCCCGGGGCGGAUGCAGGAGAAGGGCGUCAUUACAGAUAUUCUGCAGUGGAAAAAUGCCCGGACUUUUUUGUAUUGGCGGCUGCGGCGUCUUCUUCUGGAGGAGGUGGUGAAGCGUGAGAUCUUGAAGGCCCACAGUAUGCUGAGCAACAGCCAUAUCCAGUCCAUGCUGCGGCGCUGGUUCCUGGAGACAGAAGGCGCCGUGAAGGGCUACCUCUGGGAUAACAACCAAGUGGUGGUGGAAUGGCUGGAGAAACACUUGCAGGAAGAAGACGGGGCCAAGUCUGCCAUCCGGGAGAACAUCAAGUACCUGAAGCGUGAUUACGCCCUCAAGCACAUCCAGAAUUUAGUUCAAGAGAAUCCAGAAGUUGCCAUGGAUUGUAUUAUUCACAUGACCCAACACAUCACCCAGGCUCAGAGAGCUCAGGUAGCUCAUCUACUGGCGACGAUGGAUAAUCCCGCCUCUUCUUGAUGAAAGCAGUCCCAAAGCCGGGAGGACCACCGAUCCAUCCAUCCAUCAGAUGCAGGCAUGGGCGUGAGCUGUCAGGGCCUCUGGGCUCCUUCCUGCCUCUUCAAGAUACACCACUGCAGAGAUCUACAGAAUUAGCUUAACUUUUGUUCCCAGACUGGUGAGCACACUGCAAGUGGAGUGGCCCAGUUACAGGAGGACGGCUCUCCGUUCAGUAUUGAGAAGCACAAGACAGCCCAUGGCUGCCAGGAUUGCGUUUUCCUUCCCAGCGUGCACUGUCCAGCCAGAAUUCCACCUGUACAAAGGUAGAUCUCCAAGUUAUCGGUAUUCACCAUGCAAUACAUCUGAAAGCAAUGCCAGAUAGUUUUCUUAACAACAUAAUUCAGUAGCUUUUUUACAACAAUCUCAGUUUUACAAUUGUACAAUUCCAAAGCAAGAAAGAUGUUUCUACUCCUUUUUUUUAAUAGAUAGAUAGAUAAAAAAGUGGGAGGGUAAAUCACUACAAAGCAUCCUGUGCCCUUUAUAAUGUCUCACAGAGAACUGCACAGUGGCGGCGUGAAACCUGUGGAAAACGCAGCUGCAUCGAUGCGUCUGCAGAAUAUUAACUUUCCCCUUGGCUGCAGCAACAGUUGCAGAAGGUACUGAGCGAGUAUUUCAAGAACUGUUUUCUAAAAGACAUUUUGCCGUCUGUUGGCACUUCCUACUGCACACGAAGCACACAUGCUGCAGUGUGUCCACCUCACGCACUCUUUCUUAGGGUCACAGUGGCAUUUCCACCUCCUGUUGGAAUCACUGGCGGUGUACUUUACUAUGGUCUUAAUUGUGCCUUAUUUGUGGAAGUAGAUACCUUGGUGCUAUCGAAUUGCUUUGCUCGACUACUGGGGUUGUUGCAAGUUGGGGAGGUGGGUGGUGUUGUUUCUAAGUGCCAGUUUGAAAGAAGCAAAUAAUUCUCCUGUUGAAUGUGUCUUGCACUAUCUUAAGAAUCUUUAUUCCACAACCUUAUAGAAGGAGCAUGAAGAAGUAAAACACAGGAGGUAACAAAUCCUUGUUGCCAACCGCGUCCAUUGUAUAAUGUUGCAUAUCUUGAUAAUUACGCUAAAACCAAAGAGACAGAUAUUUAUAGGAUGACAACCAUAUGUGUAAUGGAAUUGGGAGGGGAGGCAUGUUGAGUGAGUUGAAUAUGUUUGAGAUUACCAAGGUGAGAGCUGUUCUUUUAAAAGGAAAGAGGUUGGUUUUUACUUCCUUUCUGAGGCUCUUUCUUAGCGGAACGGUGAUUAUUGAGGGGCAUGCUUCCCCCCCCCCCACACACACACACCAGUGUUUGCAGAACUUAUUGAACAACUCUAAAUAAAAUGACCUCAUUUGCCAGAAAA